AUGAAGGCUGUUUUGUUUUCUUUUAUUUUAAGGUUAUCUGUCAGUUCUAUUUUGGACAAGGAAGUUUUUUAUUUUAAUUUUAAUUGAGAGCCUAUUUCAUCACUUACCUAAAUAAAAAGGAAUAAAUAGUUCUGCCAAUAGAUUAUGAUAUUUUAACGCCCAGCGAUAAAAUUUGUUUAUAGAAACGUGUUUGUUUUUUAAUGGAAUCUGGAGAAAAUCAUGGCCAAUGAACUCUUGGUGGUCCAGGCGAUCUAUUCUUACAAGAGGAGCAAUAAUGAUGAGCUAAACUUCAAGAAGGGAGAUUUUAUAACCGUAACCCAGAAGGAUGAUGGUUGGUGGGAAGGCACCCUUAAUGGCGAGACAGGCUGGUUUCCUAGUAAUUACGUCAAGGAGUGCAAAGAUGCUCCCAGACCCGUUGUUCUUCAGCAGAAUCAAUACAAAUCUGUCGUCCUCAACGAUUUGGUCGAUUCAGAAAAAGCACACGUCACCGAACUCGAGGGCCUCGUUACCAAUUUCCUACAGCCGCUGGAAAAAAGCACCAUCUUAACUCCUGACGAAUACAAACAGCUGACGGGAAACAUCACAGAGGUCUUGGAAACGCACCAGCAGCUUUUGAAACUCGUGGAAUUGGAAUCGAGUAAACCAGGUAAUGAUCAGCGAGUUGGUAAAUUAUUCCUCAAUUGGGCACCAAGAAUUAAAAGUAUACACCAAGCCUACUGUUCGUUACAUCCCAGGGCAGUAUGCAUUUUGGACAAGUAUAGGGAUGAACUAACUAAAUACAUGGAAUCAAAAGGUGCAGCAAGUCCUGGUGUACUGGUAUUAACGACCAUGUUAAGUAAACCGUUUAGAAGGCUGGACAAAUAUUCUGGAAUGCUUCAAGAGUUAGAAAGGCACGUCGAGGAAUCCCACCCGGACAGAGGCGAUACCCAGAGAUCAGUCAGCGUCUACAAGGACAUUGCAGCAACCUGUGCCGCCACCAGACGACAAAAAGAACUUGAGCUGCAAGUGCUAACUGGUCCAGUUAGAGGCUGGGAAGGUCCCAGUUUGACAACUUUGGGCGAUAUCAUAUAUAUGGGGUUAGUUUCGGUGAUGCCGCAACACAACGACCGGUAUUUUGUGUUGUUUCCUUCUACUUUGUUAAUUUUGAGUGUUAGCCAUAGACUGAGCGCCUUCAUAUACGAGGGUAAAUUGUUCCUUUCUGGUUUGUCCGUCACGAGACUGGAAGACAACGACCAGCACAAAAACGCCUUCGAAAUCAGCGCCCCCAUGAUCGACAGGAGGCUGGUGGUGUGCCAGAAUAAAGAAGACGCGGACCACUGGGUGGAAUUAUUGAGGAAGCAGAUGCCUAGGUCGUCCACCGUUUCCACCGUUAGUCAGAAAGUAUCUCCGUCCCAAGCACAGUUCGUUCCACAGCCACCUCCACACCGUCUAGAUCAGAGGGGUUACUGCAACCGUGCGUCAGUGAUAAAGUAUAAGUCGCCUAGCGGCCAUCGCCCUGUAACGUAUCCCCCUAGUCACUACCCAUCGGCAGCCCCAUUCGCUGCCCUAACGAAACAUUUCCAAAAACUCAUCAAACAGAAGUUAAUAACAAGAAAACUUCUGAAGAAUCUUUUAUAUUCGGAGUAUUUGAAUAAAAGAAACUUGAAUUUAGUUAAAAUAAGGCACCACAGAACCGAAAUCAGUAUUUACACAAAGGAUAUUCACUGUCGGGACAGUGUUAUCCAUUGCGAGAGUGAUUCAGAUAGUGAUAGUUCCACAGUUAGUGAUAGGAAAGUAGUUUCUGGCACUAGUUCCAGUAGUUCUAGUAAUCCGUUCGGGUAUGUAAGAUACUACAAUCCACAAACAGGAUCUGGAAGGGAAGAAACCAAAUAUGAAAGUAUGCUCGAUUAUGGGGAACCCCCAAAAAUAAAAGUCCCUAGUUUAUUAGUGUCCAAAGCCAGCAUUCACCUGCAAAAGCAGUGGUCCGAAGAAUCGGAAACUAGUGCAGCUCUGCCUGAGCCCAAGGCGUACAUGGCUUGCGAAAACAUAGCGAAGCUUAACGAUAGUUUAGAGCUAACAGGAGCUAACCUAAAUCUACCGGUUCCUCAAAAUUACGUACCAACUACACGCCAAAGCUGCCCAACGAAGUUAGUGGGAAACAAGUUCAACCAAACUAGUUUAACGACAAUAUACAUACCAACGUGGUCAAGUUGUGAUAACAAUAUGGCGUGCGCAACUCAGUCUUCCCCGAAAACUUCCGCUAGCAGCACCACGACUCAUUCCAGUAGCUUAGAAUUACCUGUUAAUACUAUGCCUCUUCCCGACAACAUGCUAGCUGAACUCUUGUAUAAUUACGAAGAUUGUUCUUCGAAGUUUGGAGGAAGCGAAGAGAGUUUGAUACUCAAACCUCCUAGUAUGUUUGUUAAAGAAGACGUUAAGGUGGUACAGCAAAGCAUGAGCUUAAAUUUAGAGAACGUAGGAUUCCGCAAACACAGUAUUAAUUCCGAUAAGCCUAAACGGCGUAGCAGUUUACAGAUAACGCCCAAAGAGUUUCACGAGUACCCCAGUACUUCCAGGCAGUCUUUGUGCAGGUGUUGCUUGGAGUACUGCCACAGUCCGAGAUCUUCAGAUAGCGGGAUGGCUGGAAGCUGUACGUUGAAUUCACCGGAUUCGGCUAACGUGAACGAAACCUCUGAUUCUGCUCAGAUUCGUUGUAGUAUAGACAUGGCUAAUCUUUUUGACAAAUACAGUGACAAACAAGACGCCAUAUCGUUGAGUGAGUUAGUUGCUAGAGAUUUCGAGUCAGAGUGUCCGUGUACUUCCCCGUUCGGCUCUACCCCGCGUACUUCAGGACAAGAUUGUAUCAACGAAAACGUCAUCACAAAGUCGCGUGAUAGCAUGACGUCAUCUACCAGAAUGCAAUCGAAACUGUACGUGGUACCUUCAAGGCCAAGUGUGAUCGGACCGGUCAAAUCUCAGUCGAUGGGGAGUUUGCUAGAAGAUUGCCAAAAAGAUGAUACGGAGAAGAGCGAAGAAGGCGACGAUUGUCCUAUGUUCAAGUCCGGGCUGUACGCUCAUUGGUGGUUGAAAGCGAAGAUACCAGCAAGCGUGGUUAAGGGGAUUUACAUCAGUACCCGACCGAAAAAUACAGAUGACGCCACUAAUAUCAGGCGGAAACCCAAACCUGACGAGUAACCACCAGCGCCAAGGCAGCGUCCGUUCCAUAACUCCCACUCUUUCAGCUUCCAAUCAUAGCAUCGCCAGCGUAAACGCAGCAGGCCGUGGAUGGUCGGCCAUUUGUCUGCGCCCCACCCCGCCGUUGCGACCCUA